GCGGAGUAUGACGCAUAGAGUGAGGCAGGAGGAAGAUCAGUGUCCAAGAGAGAGACUGACAGAAAGGAGGGGAGGGAGAAGGGGCAAUGAGGAGAGGGAUAAAGCAGCUGUACGACACAGAACUUUGCUGAGAAAGCUGUUCAGCAGCUUCUCCUCUCCUCCUCUCUCUCUGAUGAUGCAGACCCUGGAGGGAGAUGAACUCUGUUUUCCACAGCUCCUCAACACCUCCUGCAAGAAGCACAUACGCCCUCACUCUGAGGCAAUGCUCAUUUACAUUCUGCUGUCCUCCAUCUCUCUGCUCACUGCGGCUCUCAACCUGCUGGUCAUCAUCUCCAUCUCCCACUUCAGGCAGCUCCACACCCCCACCAACCUCCUCCUCCUCUCUCUGGCUGUCUCAGACUUCCUCGUGGGCCUCCUUGUGAUGCCGUUUCAAAUCCUCCUAACAGAGCCCUGCUGGCUCCUGGGUGACCUGGUGUGUGUUCUGUAUUAUUUUGUACCCUUUAUCACUAUCUGCGCCUCAGUGGUAAACAUGGUGCUCAUAUCGGUCGACCGCUAUGUGGCUAUCUGUGACCCUCUGCACUACCCCACCAAAAUCACUCAAAAGAGAGUUCAGAUCUGCAUUUUCCUGUGUUGGGGUUACUCUGUUUUCUGUAGUGUUGUGCUUUUAUAUGAUAACCUGAAACAACCAGGCAUGUACAGGUCCUGCUAUGGAGAAUGUGUGAUUACCAUAAUAGGAGUUGUUGAUCUUGUUUUAGGCUUGGUGAUUCCCAUCACUGCCAUCAUCACCCUGUAUGUGAGAGUGUUUGUGGUGGCUGUGUCUCAAGCUCGUGCCAUGCGCUCCCACAAUGCAGCAGUCACAUUGCAGCGUUCAGCAACUGUAACUGCUAAGAAAUCUGAGAUGAAAGCAGCCAGGACUCUUGGUGUCAUUGUUGUUGUGUUUCUCAUGUGUUACUGUCCAUAUUACUGUGUCUCUCUCUCAGGCUACAACCUCAUGAUCGGUUCUUCAACUGAAGUCUUUAUGAUUUUUCUGGUAUUUUUUAACUCCUGUCUAAACCCUGUGAUCUACGCCUUUUUCUACCCCUGGUUUAGAAAAUCUGUUAGACUCAUUGUUACUCUUGAGAUACUGCAGCCUCACUCCUGUCAGGCCAACAUACUGUAGAGAGAAACUGUGGAGUGACUGACACGAGACUCAUGAGCUUCUUAUCUUCUAUUAAUGUUGUACGUAUAUAUAUAAAAUGAUGUUAUUAUCUUUGUUGUAUCUUUCUUCAUUGCAGUUCAAGGGCAGACUGUACUCCAGUUAUUGAUUCUGUGAUCAGGACAGUCUCUCUCUGUCUGCUACAGAAAGGUCUUUGAAUAAUCAAUCACAAUGAUGAUCAAAAUCACCACAAUGAAAGGAAACACAUUUAUUUUCCAAUAUUCCAAUGUCAAUAAAGUCAAACUUAACCAGAA